AACCCGAACGUAUUAUUUCUAGUCCAGUUUAUGAGUCCAGUAGACAUGACAAUUUCAAAUUUCGAUAUCUAUAUUUUAAGUUAUCUGUAUUGGUAACGAAAAAGAAGAAUAUGUCAUGUGGAUUGUGGAGUCAAAGACUGUCAGAAAAUAAAACAUAGCCUUUAUUUCAUAAAAUAUAACGUGUUCUGAGUUUAUAAAUAUAAUGUACUUAUAGUAAUAACUGCACACCAGUAUAUUUAUUUUAUUUUUUCUAUCGUUUUAAAGAUUUAGAGAAAAAAGACCUACCCAAUCGUCCGCUUUAAUUCGCCUUGAUAGGUUAUGUUAGUGAAGAUUGCCAAGUUCAUUAAUAAAUUUAACAUAAAAUGACGGAGGGAGAAGCUUCAAAUAGCGGCCGAGUGGUCGCAAUACCUUGGCCUUUCUUGAAAAGGAAAGUUGAAUGUGCUGGUGCCGCUUUUUUACGUUAUUAUAGCAUUAAAUGCCACGGUGAGGACACUUCGUUGGAAACAUCUGCUUCCAAUGAUAAGGCUGAAGAAGUCGUGUUCGAGGACGACGUCGAAUACUUACGUAGCUUAGACCCUAAGGAAUGGAAGAAACAAGAUCACUAUGCUGUACUCGGUAUGAAAGAUUUACGAUUCCAAGCCACCGACGAUGAUAUAAAACGUGCCUAUCGUCAAAAAGUACUAAAGCACCACCCGGAUAAGCGUAAGGCUCAAGGUGAGGAGAUUCGUAGCGACGACGACUACUUUACGUGCAUAACAAAAGCUUACGAGAUCCUUGGUACACCUAAAAAUCGACGAUCAUUUGACUCUGUUGACCCUACAUUCGAUGACUCCGUGCCGACCACUACUGAUAUAAAGAAGGAUGGUUUUUUCAAAACUUUCGGAAAAUAUUUUAAAACUAAUGCGAGGUGGUCAGAAAAAAGGAAUGUUCCUCUAUUGGGAGAUGAGAAUAGUUCAAGGGAGUUUGUUGAAAAGUUCUACGCCUUUUGGUAUGAGUUUGAUUCGUGGCGCGAGUUCUCCUACAUGGAUGAGGAAGAAAAGGAGAAGGGAAGUGACCGGGAGGAAAGGAGGUGGAUAGAAAAGCAAAACAAAGCUGCUCGAGCCAAGCUAAAAAAAGAAGAAAUGGCGAGAAUCAGGAGUCUUGUGGAUUUAGCGUAUGCCAACGACCCUAGGAUACAGAAGUUCAAGCAAGAAGACAAGGAUAAGAAGUUAGCUGCUAAACGCGCUAGACAGGAUGCUGUACAAGCAAAGAAGGCAGAAGAAGAAAGAUUGUUGAAAGAAGCCCAGCUGGCCAAGCAGAAAGCUGAAGAAGCCGAAAGGGCCAAAAUAGAAGCCGCCAGAGCUGAGAGGGAACAACAAAAGAAAAAUCUUCGUAAGGAAAGAAAAUCUUUACGAGAUUUGUGUAAAGCAAACAACUACUACGCUCAAAAUGAAGAGGAAACUGUUAGUCAUAUGGCAGCCGUUGAAAAAAUCUGUGAACUAAUGAAAUUGAAUGAACUUCAAGACUUCAUAAAGGAAUUAGAAGCAAAUGGCAGUAAGGCGUUCAUUAAAACAAUGAAGGAAACAGAGGAGAAGUUAGAAGCCGAGAGAGUAGCGCUUUUCGAGAACAAGAAAGUGGAAGAACAGAAAGCAAAGAAGAGUGCUGCGUUAAAAGCGCCUAUCGAUUGGUCAGUGGAGAUGACACAAUUAUUGAUUAAAGCCGUCAAUUUAUUCCCCGCUGGUACUAAUCAAAGGUGGGAUGUGGUUGCCAAUUUUCUCAAUCAGCAUGGAACGUUUACGGACGAAAGACGAUUCAACGCUAAGGAAGUUCUAAAUAAAGCAAAAGACCUGCAGAGUUCUGAUUUCUCAAAGAGCAGCCUCAAAAAAGCAGCAAAUGAAGAAGCGUUCGACCAAUUCGAAAAGGAUAAGAAGAAGCCAACAAACGUCAUAGAUGACAACAGUAUAUCGAAGAAUGAAGCACCGAAACUCGUGAACGGAGUCGCUCCGAAAGUUAACGGAGAUGUCAAAGUACCUAAAGAAGAGAAGGCAUGGACUAAAACUGAGCAGGAAUUAUUAGAGCAGGCCAUCAAGACAUUCCCAGUCAGUACUCCAGACCGAUGGGAUAAAAUUGCCGACUGCAUCCCAAACAGAAGUAAAAAAGAUUGCAUGAAACGAUACAAGGAAUUAGUCGAACUAGUUAAAGCUAAAAAACAAGCUGCCAAUUUGGCGAAAUAGCAUUAAAUAAUGUUUAGUUCACUAACAAAUUAAUAAAUUUAUCUACAUAAUUGGAAUGGCCUUCAAUUAUUGCGAGAAAUUCUAAUAUCAAAAUUACCUUUAUAUAGUUUUUAUUGACCACAGAUUACAAAUAGUUAGAAGAGAUAUUUGGAAUUGGAUCGAAAAUUACAGCUUUUUGUGUAACAAUAGUUUUAGUUUUCACUCCGACUUAUUUGAAAUUUUAUUGAGUGAACCUAUGUAUGUAUUUGCAGUAACUAGUGAUGAAGUACAUUGUAUGUAUUAAAUAAGGUUUUUUACCUAGCAAUUAUGUUACCUUUUUAUUAAAAAUCACCAUAAUUUAUUUUGUA